AUGGCUAAGCCGAUUAAAAAUGUUGAAAAAUUAAGUUCAAUGCAAAAUAAGGCUCAAUCGGAACAAUCGGAACCAAUUCAUGAUUCGGCUUCUUCCUCAAGUUCUGUGCCUUCCAACUUGGAGAAUGAAGAUGACAAUUUGGAACAAAACGUAGUAACGUUAAGUGAUUACAGAAAACAGAGGGAUAUAAUUGGGCCUAUUGAUUUGCGUGAAUCAGAUGAACAGUUUCCUGAACUUCCAAAUAUCAAUCAUCACACUGUGGCUAGUAGACAAUCUUGGAACUUUUGGUUUUGGAAAGCAACUGAUCCACCCAAGAGUACACUAGAACCAGAGAAUCUGAGUGAUGAUCACUUAAAUCUCAGCAUUUGUUCACAAACAGAUUCCAGUCAUAGUGCUGAGGCUGAAUCUACGGUGGUGGCGGCUGAACCAGCUUCCGCAGCACCCAAGGGCAGAGGCUGGCAAUUCUGGAAAUGGGGAAAUGAACUUUCGAAUUUGUCAAAGCGAAAUGGUUCACUAGACUGUGAAAUCAACCACUCCUUUUCCUCACUUUACUCCACCUCUUCAAAAGCAAAACUUGCUGACGAUGCCAAAAGGGCUAUAAAAAGAAACACAGUAACCAGUCAUUGGGCUUACUUCAAAUCAUCAGAACACGCGGAAUAUGCUGAAUUGGCAGUGGUAGGUACAAGUAGUGCUAGCAAUCCUGUCAAAGUUGAAGUAGAUCUAGCGGCUACACCCCUUGAGUUGGAAGAAAGCAUGCUCCUUUUGGAUACUCAGGCAAAAAAAGAGGCUGAUAUUGGCUCCUCUUCUAACUCAACAGAUAAGACGCGGUUAUCCUCAGAGUCUUUCGGAAUUCUUGCCCCAACAAUUGAAUGCAACUACAGAGUUGUAACUUCUACUACCAGGGCCCGUCUCAACUUACAGAGGAUUAGUACACUAAAAAUUCUGAGUAGCAAGAUUAUCAAGGAAGAGAACCAUCUUUACAUCAAAGAAAAUAAUCUUGAUUCAAAUUCUAUCUUCAAAGCUGUUGUCAUUGGAGUUCAUGGGUUUCUACCUAUAAGAAUGGUGCGAACAUUAGUUGGUCAACCUACUGGUACAGCGAGCACUUUCGCAGCCCAUGCAACUGAAGCUCUCCGGUCUUGGGGACGAGCUCAUCAUCUCAAUAUGAAGAUUGAUGUUGUUGCGUUAGAGGGUGAGGGAAAGAUACUAGAAAGGGUUGGCAGUCUUUUAAGUUUGUUAGAAAAUUGGCUGGAUGUGAUAAGGGACUGUGACUUUUUAUACUUUGCUUCGCACUCCCAAGGUGUCCCUGUUGCUAUUCAUAUAGCGGCCCAAUUAUUCAAGCAGAACGUGCUAAAUCCUAAUCAGAAGGUUGCGCUACUAAACAUGGCAGGCAUUUGUUUAGGCCCGUUUCCAGAAUUGGAUGCCAAGCUGGCUAUAAAAGCAUACUCUCGGUUAGAGAACGAAAUAAUGAUGGAACUAUUUGACUUCCAAGAUCCUGACACCUUGCAAUCACGCAAGUUGAUAGAGAGUUUGGAAAUAUUGGUAAGUCAUGAUACAAAGCUUACAUUUGUCGGGUCUCUCGAUGAUCAACUUGUCCCUCUUUUUUCAUCCACAUGCUUCCAUGUUAGCCACCCCAAUAUUUUUCGAUCCAUACAUGUGGAUAAAACUAGUGAACAUGCUCCAUUUCUAACGAAUUUAAUGAAAUCUUGUAUGAUGGUUAGGAAUUUGGGUCGUGACGACCAUAAUCUCAACUAUGAAAUAUCGAGAUAUUUGAUAGGUUCUGUGGGUGUCGGUGGACACUGCAAAAUAUUCAGGGAUUUAAAUGUUUACACUUUAGGUAUUGAAAAUGCUUUACAAACCACUUCGUUAACGAACCCUAAACCCAUGGCAUAUCAGGAAAUAAACUCCAAAACAAUAAUCAAUAACCCAUACCAUUUACCUUGGUCAUUUAGGGGCUUUAUUCAGCAGCUACUGGAACUUAAGCAUAUCAACUCCAUAAAAUUGGUGCAGGAAAUAGUAGAGUCGUACAUUGAUUGGAAUCCUAGCACCAAGAAUCUGAGAGAUUUAAGCCGUUGUAUAGAUAUUCUGGAAACAGUGGAUAUCGACGAAUUAAUCGAAUCAGUCAAGACCUCUUAG